GUCGUCGUGUUACGUUACUGCCUUUUUUUUUUUAUACCAUAGGCCUACCGAGCUGUGUAUCUGGACUGGAUUCUUGUAUUUCAUGAUUUGGGAUUGAAACCUGUUGCAGCAGACAUGGCAUACAGUAUGUAUGUCUAUAUGGCCAUGGCCAUGGUGUUCAUAGGAUGUGCUGCUAAUGUCUUCUUCUUAGAGCUUAUAGUGAGUGAAUUCCCAGGGAGCGGCAACAUCAUUACUUUUGCUCAGUUUCUUCUGAUUGCUGUGGAAGGAUUUGUGUUCACCACAAAAUUUGGCACAAAGAGACCCAUUAUACCUAUCAGGAACUACUUCAUAAUGGUGGCAUUUUUUUUUACACUAAGCGUAAUCAACAACUACGCACUCAACUUUAAAAUAUCUGUUCCUCUACAUACUAUCUUCAGAAGUGGAUCUCUUAUAGCAAACAUGAUUCUUGGCAUUUAUAUCUUACACAAACGGUAUGCUCCUUCCAAGUAUGCAGCUAUAUGCAUGAUAUCAUCAGGAAUCUUUCUGUGUACCCUAAUGUCAGCCAAAAACGUGGGUGGCGAAGAUCAACCAAAGACAGAAGGAUUUGAAUCUACAUCAGAUUUCAUGUUAUGGGUUAUAGGUCUAAGUAUGUUGACCUUUGCUCUCGUACUGUCUGCUCGAAUGGGAAUCUUUCAAGAGAUUCUUUACAAGGAACACGGCAAACAUCCCAGAGAAGCUCUCUUCUAUUCUCAUGCUCUGCCUCUGCCUGGGUUUCUUCUCAUGGGUAGGGAUAUCUAUCACCAUGCUGUAAUGUUCAGUGCUUCAGAACCUAUUAUGAUUGGUCUUGGAAUUUCUUUACCAAAGAUGUGGCUUUAUCUAUUAGGGAAUAUGCUGACACAGUAUAUAUGCAUUCGUGGUGUGUUCAUCCUGACCUCCGAGUGUCCAUCCCUCAUCACCACGCUGGUCGUCACCCUCCGCAAGUUUGUGAGCCUGGUCGCUUCCAUCAUCUACUUCCAGAACCCUUUCACCUUGUGGCAUUGGUUUGGAACCGGCCUGGUCUUUGGGGGGACGCUUCUCUUCACCGGCGUCCUCCAUCAGUUGAAGGAUGCCAUCUUCGUAGGACCUCCACCUAAGUCACAAGACAAGAAGGCAGAGUGAUGGAUGAAAGCGAAAGAGAGUGAUGGUCGAGCUUCGUGGUUGAGAGUCGGCAGGUCCUGUGGUAAACUUUGUCCAUUCCACAUACGUUACGUUUGUACUGGUAAUUCGAAAGAUGAAGUACCACUGUUACUGGCAUAUGUUCUUGGCAAUCACUGUCCAGUCCAAAUUUAUGUAGUUUUAACUUGCUUCAUUCUCAUGUAUGAACCUACAUGAUAAAGGGUAUUUGAUUAAAACAUUUUUUUUACACUGGGAUUGAGAGUAAUCAAGCAAUCCGUCUGGUUAUUGUGAAGAAUUUGCUGAAAAUUUUGCUAAUUAGAUAGUUUGGUAGAUAGAUAGAUAGAUUUAUAUUUUGUAAUUUCAUAAUGCUUUAAGGGGAAGUCCACCCUGAAAUUUUAGUUAGUUUUAUUUAAAGGCCCACUGCACUACUUGUAGCUACU